AUGGCUCUCGAAAGCUGUUUCCUCCCUCUGGCUGGGGCGCCAGCCUUGUCACGGUCCACUUUUCUGCAAUCCCUGACACGGUCGUGCAAGUGCGGCAACAAGCCGGAGAGAAGCGCAGCCAGACGCGGAGGGGAGCCGAACCGGGGGGACGAAGAAACAGGGCGAGGGAGGAAAGAUGAACACGCGGGCCGACGUCCAGGGCCGAAGCCUGAGAGGGCCGCCAGGGGAGGAGGGAGAUGCAGCAAGGAGACGAAGGCGGACCAAAGACCGGCGGAGCAGGAGGAGGUGGAAGAGGACCACGGACGAGAGCAGGGAUCCGAGGAACGGGGACGGUGCAAAGGUGUCUGGGGAAGGACGGCGGAGAGGAUGGAGCCGCUGCGAGUCCCGGGGUGGCUCCGCUUCUCUCUGGCAAUACUCGUCGCCCUGAACUUCAGGCAAGUCGUGGGGACCCUCAGGGCCCACAGAGAGCUUACUGUCACCAGCUUCUCCAUCAGCUCGGCCAUAGUGUCCCGCUAUAGCCGCACCCGCGUUGUGUCUGUCAUGGCCAACCCACACCCUGAGGCCCUGGAGGCCGUCUUUGACCUGGAUCUGCCCAGCCUGGCCUUCAUUUCCAACUUUACCAUGACCGUCGAUGGCAGGGUCUACCCAGCUCAGGUCAAAGAGAGGCAGCAGGCCAAGAAGAUGUACGAGGAAGCCCGGAAGCGAGGGCAAACCGCCGCCCAUGUGGCUAGCCGGGGCGACGAGGUCGAGAAGUUCCGGAUUUCUACAAGCGUGGCCGGGGGUGGGCAGGUGACGUUCAGCCUGACCUACGAGCAACUGCUCCCCCGCCUCCUGGGGCGCUACCAGCAUGCCGUGAGUGUCAGGCCUGGCCAAGUGGUGCCAGACCUCAGCGUGGAAGUGACCGUGUGGGAGAGGACCGGCAUCGACCACGUCCGCGUGCUGCCCCUCCAGACCAGCCACCUGCUGACCAACAACCAGGCGGGUGAAGGCGCCGAGCCGGCAUCCACCAGGAUCGAGAAGGGGGAGACCUGUGCGCGUGUCACCUUCACGCCCAGCCCGAGCGAGCAGGCCGCCUACUCCAGCCAGGGCAUCGCGGGGGACUUCGUGAUCCAGUACGACGUGACCAUGAAGGACGCCAUCGGCGACGUGCAGAUCCACGACGGCUAUUUCGUUCACUACUUCGCCCCCAGAGACCUGCCUCGGCUGCCGAAAAACGUCGUCUUUGUGAUCGACGUCAGCGGCUCCAUGACCGGCACGAAGCUGAAACAGACGAAGAAGGCCAUGCACGUGAUCCUGGGGGAUCUGCGCCCGGAGGACCGCUUCAACAUCGUCACCUUCUCCGACACCGCGCACGUCUGGAGGGCUGCCGGUUCCGUCCAGGCCACGCCUCGGAACAUACAAAGAGCCAAGGCCCACGUGGGCAGGAUGCAGGCAGCCAGAUGGACGGACAUGAACGCGGCCCUCCUGGCGGCAGCCUCCACCCUGAACCAGAGCACGGCGGCGCCCUCGGGAGAGGCUCGUCUGAUCCUCCUCCUCAGCGACGGGGAGCCCACGGCAGGAGUGACCUCGCCUGCCCGUGUCCUCGCCAACGCCCGGAGGGCCCUGGCCGGCCGGGCGGCCCUCUUCGGCCUGGCUCUGGGCGACGACGCCGACCUGCCCCUUCUACGCCGCCUCUCGCUGGAGAACCGAGGCACCGCCCACCGCAUCCGCGAGGACCGCGACGCCGCCUCGCAGCUCAAGGGCUUCUACGACCGCAUCGCCUCCCCGCUGCUCUCGGACAUCCACCUCCACUAUCAGGCCAGGCGGGCCGGGGCCGCCAGUCCGCCCCGGAGCCACUUCCCCAACUACUUCGAGGGCUCUGAGCUGCUGGUGGUGGGCCAGCUGGCCAAAGGGGAGCCUGAGCUCCGGGUGCGCCUGGAGGCCCGGGGCCCACACGACCAGCCGUUCACGGCAGCCUGGCGGGAGGAGGCGGCCAGUGGCGGGGAGCCGGCGUCCGGCUGCCCGUCCCAAGGGGAGCCUGCCUUGGGCCGAGGCUUCCUCCCCCGCCUCUGGGCCUACGUGACCAUUCAGCGCCUGCUGGAGGGCCGCCUCGAGGCCAACGCCUCGGCGGUGGCCCUCAACCUCUCUCUGCAUUUCCACUUCGUGACGCCCCUGACCUCCCUCGUUGUGGUGAGGCCAGAAGAGGAGGACGAAGGGGAACCGGGCCCGCGUCUGACCCUCACAAGCACGCGCGCCCCCGUGACUACCGGGAAGCCCCCGAGACCUCCGACCUCGGCCGAAGCGGGGAGCCCCAGGGGGACCGAACAGGACGCGCCUCCGCCUAUCCCCCGGGCGAAGCCGGCUCGCGGCGAUCCACGGUCCGCGAAAGCCAGAGCCCCCCCGUCCCCCACGCCUGGCUCCUCGGCCCCUCCCGGCGCGGGCCCCGUCACGCCAGUGACUUCUGUCACGCCCCAGGCUGGAGCUCUGUCGCUUGCCAAGCCAAAAAGCUCGUCCCGGGGCGAUCCCGGCUCCCCGGCUCCCCCUAGACCGGGCUCCUUGACGAGCCCCGAACCUAGCGCCCGGAUUCACCCGAGUCCCAACACCCCAGGAGCCCUGGAUGGGCCGCUGAGCUCCCCGUCUCCAUCUCUCCAAAAACAGGGCCGAACGGCCCCAGCCAUGGUCUUGCUUUUGACAGAUGGUGUGCUGGGCCAGGAAGACAUGCCAGGCAGCCCCUGGAUGGGGUAG